AUGCUUUUUUACAUUGCACUGGUUGGGUCAAAAGUUUAUCCCGAUCUAUUUGUUAAGUUCAAGUCAUUACUAAGGGAAGGUACUUUAUUGGUUGACGCCUAUGGUCAAACUGAGACGCUUGGGCCUGUCGUCAAAGGGCUGCCUGGAACACCUGUAGGGAGCUGUGGUCGGGCCUAUGACACUUAUAUCCUUAAGCUAAUAAACCCUGAUACAGGAGACGAAAUCACAAAACCAAAUAUACCUGGAGAAUUAAUAGUUAAAGGUCCAUCACUCUCUGAAUAUUACAAUGACCCUGAGGAAACUGCAAAAUUAUUUACAGAAGACGGGUUUUAUAGAACUGGAGAUCUUUUAUAUAAGGACGAGAAUGACUACUUCUACUUCGUGGAUCGUAUCAAAACAUUAAUCAAGUGUAGGAAUUACCAGAUCCUGCCAGUUGAAUUAGAAGAGGUGAUUCGUAAUCAUGAAGACGUAAGCGAUGUCUGUGUGGUUGGCAUUGAGGAUCGAGAGGACGGACAAAGGCCAGUCGCAUGCGUGGUUAGACGUAAAAACUGUGUCACUGCGCAGGAAAUCAAGCAGCUCGUCGCUGAAAAAUUAUCGAAACACAAGGCACUAAGCGGUGGUGUGAUAUUCUUGAAUGAAUUUCCAAUGACGUCUACAGGGAAGGUAGCAAGAAAAACGCUAAUUUAA